AUUUCACAAGAAAAUAACUGAACUUCGAAAUGGGAUUGAAAUUUCGAGCUUGAUCGAUUAUGGUGUGGCCAUACGUUCUUCCUGAUAGAGACUUCCCACCGUCUUGACGAACACGAACACUGUUCUUCAUUUCACUACACUCUUCAAAUCUACGCUUCUCUCCAUCUUUCCUUUCUUCCAUUAUCGCAAUUAAUUUCUCCAAUUUUGAUCCACUUUUGUUAAUUUGGUCGUUGUUUUUCAAUCCGUCAAAUGAAUUUCUUCAGAUCGGUGUUUUCCGACGAUCCCGACCCUUCGACGACGUCCGAAACUGAACCUCGUUCGCCUGAAAAAUCCUUGUUGAAAGAAGGAGAAGAAUCAUCGGAUCCGAAACGAAGCCCUGUUGACGAUUCCUCAGUGGAUGCCGGAGCUUGGAGUUUCGGUGGGCUGAUCAAGACUUUAAGCGCUAAAUCGGAAUCGGUCAUCGAGACUUACCGGCGCGAUCUCCAGGAAUUUGGUUCGGGUUUGAAGAAGGAAAUUGAAGUCGCUCAGGGAUCGCUGGAGACGGUAGGGCACGCUUUUGAUGAAUUUGGUAGCUCCGUUUUGAAAGGUACGGCUCAGAUUAUCGCGCAAGGUAAGGAUGCGAUCCUUGCUAUAGAUCAGGAAUCUGAUUCUGAUAGUAGUAGUAAUCAAAAUUUGAGUAACCAAAGAAGCUCAAAUUCUAAGCCUUAUAGUAGGUUUGAUGCUCAGGUUCGUUCGCUUCAAGGCGAUACGGCCACUUACUGUGAAGAACCUGAAGAUGUAGGUGAUUAUGAGAAAUGGAAAUCACAAUUUGUGCUGAAUGAUAAGAGUGAGGAAAUUGAAAACUUGAUUGAAGAAAAUGGAACAAUUGAUAAUGUACACAAAAAGGUUGUUCCUAAUGUUGUUGAUAAUGAAACUUUCUGGUUUAGGUAUUUUUAUAAAGUUCAUAAGCUUAAGCAAGCUGAGAAUGUUAGGGCAAAUCUUGUGAAGAGAGCUAUUGCAAGAGAAGAAGAGGAGGAUUUGAGUUGGGAUGUUGAUGAUGAUGAUGAUGAAGAAGAAGAAAAAGAAGAAGGAUACAAUGAGAUCAAUGUUGGGUCGAAAGGGGAUGCGGUGAAAAGCGAUGUAAGUAAUGAAGUUCGGGGUAAGGCCAUGAAGAGUGAGGAAGUGAAUGUUGAGCAUGCUGCUGAUGCGGCAUUGAAGGAUGAUUUACCGGAGAAGGAGGAAGUGGGUGGGAAAGAAUCUGCUGAAGUUGUGAAGAAGGAGGUUGAUCCUGUCAAGGAAUUGAAUGGAGGAAGCUCUGUUGGUGAUGAUGAGAAGAGGGAGAAGAGUUCUUCUGUUGAGGAAUUAGAUGGAAACAACAAAGGGUCUAAUCAGAAAGUCCAAUUGGAAGGUGGCUCUGGGAUGAAUAACAAAGAUCAAGGAUUGAAAUUGGUGGCACCGGAGGCCAAGUCUGAUCAUGGUGAAUCUUCUAAAGACAGUGAUGUCUCGAUUGUUUCGACACAGCCUUCGAUGCCCGAGGAUGAAGAUCUCGGGUGGGAUGAGAUUGAGGAUUUGAGCAUCAUCGAGGAAAAAAAACCAGUAGUAACUCAAGGUGGGAUAGUGAAUCAAGAGGAAAUGCGAAAGCGACUGAGUACUGCUGAAGAUGAUGAAGAUUUGGACUGGGGUACGGAUACAGAAUGACAAAACUCCUAAAGCUUUGAUAGAUCUAAAUCCAUGGAAGGUUAUAUUAUUUUAUUUCCUAUGUUGUCCUCCAUUUUUUUUUUCGAAGUGUUAUUAUUCCUUAUCUGUUAAAUGCAAUGUGCCGUGAUUGUAUAAUCUUCAACUGUCAUUGAAGGAAUCAUGUUCAAAUUUGUACUUGAUUUCCUAAUCAUAAAAUUAGGUGAAUUCCUUUCCUUCAA